GUUAACAACACAUUUUGCUACCUAAUUCACACAACCAGUUUUUUUUUUUUUUUUUUUAAUUAUUAUAUUUCAUCCACAAAUCCUAUUGUUUUUUGAAGUGGGUUUGCUUGUUGGAGGACAAAAAAAUAGUUUCUUGUUUGCAGAUUAUUAUUAUUUGAUGGAUAAUUUAUGCUGUUUCAAGUUGAGAAGAGGCCCAACAUCAUAUAAGUCUGGUAAGGGAAAAAACCAUGAGGGUGAUAUCAAAUUCGGUUUUGACUUAGUCAAAGGAAAAGCUAAUCAUCCAAUGGAGGAUUAUCAUGUUGCUAGGUUUGUGGAACGAGAUCACCAUGAACUCGGCCUUUUCGCUAUCUACGAUGGCCAUUCGGGAGAUCGUGUGCCUUCGUAUCUUCAAAAACACCUGUUUGAUAAUAUCUUAAACGAGGGCGAUUUUUUGGUUGACCCAAAGAGAUCGAUAUUCAACGCGUAUGAGAAAACUGAUCAAGCAAUUCUUUCCCAUGAAAAAGAUUUGGGGCGAGGCGGGUCAACGUCAGUGACGGCUGUUCUUAUGAAUGGUCAAAGAUUAUGGGUAGCAAAUUUGGGUGAUUCUAGAGCUGUUGUUUCAAAAGGAGGUAAAGCUAUACAAUUAAGUACUGAUCAUGAGCCCAGUACUGAAAGGGCUAGUAUUGAGCACAAAGGAGGAUUUGUUUCAAAUAUGCCAGGGGAUGUUCCUCGGGUGAACGGACAACUAGCGGUAUCUCGUGCAUUUGGAGACAAAAGCCUGAAAUCCCAUUUGAGAUCUGAUCCUGCUAUUCAAGAUACAAUUGUGGAUACCAAAACUGAUCUCCUUGUGUUGGCAAGUGAUGGUCUUUGGAAGGUUAUGGAUAAUCAAGAAGUAGUCAAUAUUGCAAGAAGAAUCAAGGACCCCCAGAAGGCUGCUAAACGAUUAAUAGCGGAAGCUUUGAAAAGGGAGAGUAAAGAUGACAUAUCUUGUGUGGUAGUUAGAUUCAGGUGAUAUUUUCAUUGUGGUCCCGUUUGUUCACAGCAAACGGGAUCAUAACAUGAAAAUGAAAAAAAAGAAUUCUACGAAUUCUAUGUAAAAAGAAUAUAAAUAGUUGUGAAUCUAUACUUUAAAAUGAUAAACCCUUUUGAUGGGCUAUAAGUUACUAGAUUGCUAUAGAACAUAUUUUUGAGUAGUUGAGAUAUCUUAUGUUAAUUUCAUUCUUUUCUUGAUUAUUGUAAUUGGUGAGUUUGUUUAAAUCUUGAUUAUUGUAAUUG